AUGUACAAGAGUACACUCCCUACCUUGGCCCUGCUGGCCCAGGCUGCGGGCACCUGGGCGUCGACUGUAACCUAUGAAUGGGAUGUCACCUGGGUGAAUGCAUCACCUGAUGGCUUCGAAAGACCCGUUAUCGGCAUCAACGGCGAGUGGCCGUGUCCACCCAUCAAGGCCAACGUUGGCGAUACCAUCUUGAUCAACAUGACAAACAGCCUGGGAAACCAGACUACCGGUCUUCACUUCCACGGAAUCAACCAGAUCAACACGAACUUCAUGGAUGGUGCUUCUAUGGUCAACCAGUGCCCAGUAUUGCCGGGUUCUUCCAUGACAUAUGAAUUCGUUGCCGAUGCUCCUGGCACAUUCUGGUACCACUCGCACAACAUGGGUCAAUAUCCUGACGGACUUCGCGGGCCUCUUAUCAUCUACGACCCCAAUGACCCAUAUGGCAAUGACUAUGAGAACGAGGUCAUCCUCACUGUUUCUGACUGGUACCACAAUCAGACCAUUCCGCUUGUGCAGCAACUGCUCUCACCAGACAACGCCCAGUUCCGACCGCCAAUCCCAGACACCCUCAUUGUCAAUGAAGGUAGCGACUUCAACAUCCAGCUUGACGUUGGCAAGACCUAUCGUGUGAGGAUCAUUAGCUUCGCUGCAUUGGCUUCCUUCAUGGUCCACUUCGGGGGGCACUCAAUGGAAGUAAUCACCAUCGAUGCUUCGUACGUACAGAAGCAGGAAGUUGACCAGCUGCGAGUUACUCCUGCUCAGCGGUAUGACGUGCUCAUCACUGGCAGCGAGAGUGACCAUGGGCAAAACUUCCCUUUCCUUGUAGCCAUGGACGUGAACAGGGAUUUCGAGGCGACUGGCACAACCCCUCCAGUUUCCUGGAACUUCAAUGCGACAGGCUAUCUCAUCACUGACCCCAACCUGCCCACCGACAGCGUUGACGUCGUUCAGACUUUCCAGCCAUAUGACGAGAGUCUUUUUGUUUCGUAUGAUUUGCAGCCAGCUCUGGGUCCUGUUACCAAGACUUGGGUGUUGGACUUCAACUUCUGCAGAGAUGAGAAUGGCUACUCCCGCGCUUGCUUCAACAACCAGACGUACAUCGGCCAGAAGACGCCUGCGUUGUAUUCGGCGGCCACCCUGGGUGAUAAGAACUCGGACCCGACUGCGUACGGCGGAGUGUUGCCUUUCAUCGUUAAUUACGGCGAUAUUGUUGAGCUUGUUGUCAACAACCUGGAUGGCGCUAUCCAUCCAUUCCACUUGCACGGUCACCAGAUCCAGGUUGUCGAGCGCCCUCACACUGGUGCUGGCGUGUGGACCGGUUCUAACGUCCCAUCCAACCCCAUUCCGUCCAAGAGAGACGUAGUCUCAGUCAAUGGCAACUCCCAUGCGGUCCUUCGCUUCGUCGCCGAUAACCCUGGCGUCUUCUUGUUCCACUGCCACAUCGAAUGGCAUGUUGAGAUGGGUCUUACUGCGACUUUGAUCGAGGCCCCCGAGAAACUUCACGGGUAUCCCAUCCCUCAGGAGAUGAUUGAUUCCUGCCAAUCUCAAGGCAUUCCCGUAUCCGGAAACGCUGCCGGCAACAGCAAUGCUGACGAUACCGCUGGAUUCGUCACCAUCCCUCCAACCACCUACUAUGGUGCAACAUAUCCCUCCCCCAACGGAGGAUCAGCCUAG